CCUUCUUCCCGUUAGACCCGUCAAAGCUGCAAUAUCCGAGCCCUGACAUUGCGAAGAUGGAGGCUGUUAUGGUUUAGAGCGGAGCGCUACACGGAAAGCACAAACAGCGAGUUUCUGAGGCCUGUUAUGACAACAUCCCCAGCUGGUCCAGUGUGUCUGCUACAGCUGGCCUGUGUGUCUGCAGGCGGGAGGCAGGAGGUGUGAGGCAAGAGGACCAGACGCCAGCAGCAUGUACUCCGAGUGGCGCUCGCUGCAGCUGGUGGUGCAGAGCGACCAGGGUAACCUCAGCGUCCUGCACACCUACCCUCCCAGUGUGGGCACAGAGGUGGCAAAUGCAGUGGUCAAGCCUCUGGGCACGGCAGUGAGCCCUGUGGCCACAGAAAACAUCCUCAAAUCAGACAAAGAGGUGAAGUGGACCAUGGAGGUGCUGUGUUACGGCCUGACCCUGCCCUUAGAGGGUGACACUGUCAAGCUGUGUGUGGACGUGUACACAGACUGGAUGAUGGCGCUGGUGUCACCCAGGGACUCCAUGCCCCAGCCUGUGGUGAAGGAACCCAAUAUGUACGUCCAAACCAUCCUGCGACAUCUCUACAACGUAUUUGUGCCAAGGCCUGAGCAGCACAGUCUGAACCACAUCAGGCUCUGCCAGCAGGUUCUGACAGCAGUCCAGAAGCUGGCACGAGAGUCUGUCUCUAUGGUGAGGGAAACCUGGGAGGUGCUGCUGCUCUUCCUGCUACGCAUCAACGACACCUUGCUUGCUCCUCCAUCGGUUGGCGUGGGCGUAGCAGAGAAACUGGCAGAGAAGCUGAUGGCAGUUCUGUUUGAGGUGUGGCUUCUUGCAUGCGCCCGCUGCUUUCCCACGCCGCCAUAUUGGAAGACCGCAAGGGAAAUGCUGUCCAACUGGAGACAUCAUCCUCCUGUUGUAGAGCAGUGGAGCAGAGUAGCUUGCGCUCUGACUUCAAGGCUGCUGCGCUUUACUCACGGACCAUCCUUCCCACCUUUUAAAGUUCCAGAUGAAGACGCCAACUUGAUUCCCGUAGAAAUGGACAACGACUGUGUGGCACAGACGUGGUAUCGCUUUCUUCACAUGAUAGGCAACCCGGUGGAUUUGAGCAAUCCGGCCAUAGUGAGCACCACUCCAAAGUUUCAAGAGCAGUUUUUGAUCUCCAGUGGGAUUCCUCAUGAAGUAGUUCUGCACCCGUGUUUGAAACAGCUACCCCAGAUCUUCUUCAGGGCCAUGAGGGGCAUCAGCUGCCUCGUGGAUGCAUUCCUAGGUGUCUCUGUUGAAAAGAGAGACGUACGCGAGAGGGCAUUCUCUUUUUGUCCCCUGCCGCUCUCUCAUGGUAUAUCACGUCCCCGGGCGGACAGUGCCCCGCCCACCCCAGUGAACAGAUUGAGUAUGUCUCCGCCCCCCUCCAUCGCCAACACUACACCCCCACACAGCCGCAAACAGCGGCAUGCGGUGGUCACGAAAACCACCAGCAAGAGCUCAACUAGCAGCAGCAGCCAGCCAGCCAAAGCGUCCCAGCAGCAGCAGCAGCCAUCAUCCUCCCCCACUCUGCUGUCCAGCCCCAACCAGAGCAGCUGGGAGGCCCGGCCCCUGCCAGCCCCGGCGAGGCCAAAGGUCAACAGCAUCCUCAACCUGUUUGGCCAGUGGCUUUUUGACGCCGCUCUUGUUCACUGCAAGCUGCACAGCGGCCUGAGCCGGGACCCCAGCAUGACCGCCUCUUUUAUCCAAAUUCUCCUUUCUUAUAAAUCUUCGAUAGCCACUCAGAUGGGCCUGGAGCUGAGGAGGAAAGGUUCCCAGAUGUCCACUGACUCCAUGGUGCCCAACCCACUGUUUGACAUCAACGAGUUCCCCGAAAGCUACGAGGCAGGACGAGCCGAGGCCUGCGGGACGCUCUGCCGCAUCUUUUGUAGCAAAAAAACCGGAGAGGAUAUUCUUUCUGUUUACCUGUCGAGGUUCUACAUGGUUCUGAUUCAGGGUCUCCAGAUUUCUGAUUUUAUCUGUAGACCUGUUCUGGCUUCUAUCAUCCUCAAUUCUUCGUCUCUUUUCUGUACCGACCUGAAGGGCAUCAAUGUGGUGGUGCCCUAUUUCAUUGCUGCUCUGGAGACUAUUGUGCCAGACAGGGAGCUGUCAAAAUUCAAAAUGUAUGUAAAUCCUACAGACUUGAGGAGAGCUUCCAUUAAUAUCCUUCUUUCCAUGCUGCCUCUGCCACAUCACUUUGGUAACAUCAAAUCUGAGGUUCUGUUGGAGGGAAAGUUCAACGAGGAGGAUGGCUGGCCUCAUGACCAGCCCGUCUCCUUCCUGUCUCUGAGGCUGCGUCUCGUUAACGUCCUCAUCGGAGCUCUGCAGACCGAGACCGAUCCCACCAACACGCAAUUAAUCCUCGGUAUCACCUCCUUCCUAUUUCAAUGCGCGAUGCUUAACAUCGUCCAAGACUCUGCGCUGCUGGAGGCCAUAGGAGCCCAGACCGAAACGGGCAGCAUAGAUGGAAGCCAUGUGACGCUGAGAAGUCAGAGUCACAGUCGCACCAACAGUGGCAUCAGCUUUAACAGCGGUGGCAGCGCGGACGCCACCAGCCCAGACUGUGAGCGUCCGGCGCAGGCGCUGCUCCGAGACUAUGCUCUUCCAGAUACAGCUGCAGGCCUGCUGGUGCGCAGCAUCCACCUGGUCACACAGAGGCUCAAUUCUCAGUGGAGACAAGACAUGAGUAUUUCUCUGGCUGCCCUGGAGCUGCUGGCGGGACUGGCCAAGGUGAAGGUGGGAGUGGACUCUUCAGAGCGUAAACGUGCUGUCAGCUCCAUCUGCGGCUACAUUGUGUACCAGUGCAGCCGGCCGGCCCCUCUGCAGUCCAGAGACCUGCACUCUAUGAUCGUAGCUGCCUUCCAGUUUCUCUGUGUGUGGCUCACAGAGCACCCCGACAUGUUGGAUGAAAAGGAUUGUUUGAUGGAAGUGUUGGAGAUUGUGGAACUGGGAAUCUCUGGGAGCAAGUCUCGCCAUGAACAGGAAGUGCGUCACAAAGCGGAGAAGGAGCACAAUCCAGCUUCAAUGAGGGUGAAGGACGCCGCUGAGGCCACGUUAUCAUGCAUCAUGCAGGUGUUGGGGGCUUUCCCUUCUCCCAGCGGACCUGCGUCCACCUGCAGCCUGCUGAAUGAAGACACUCUGAUACGCUACGCCAGACUGAGUGCCACAGGAGCCACAAACUUCCGCUACUUCGUCCUGGACAACUCUGUGAUCCUUGCCAUGCUGGAGCAACCUCUCGGCAAUGAGCAGAACCCCAGUCCGUCUGUGACCGUUUUGAUUCGAGGAACAGCAGGACGACACGCCUGGACGAUGCAGCUCUUCCAUCAGCCAAGAGGGGCUCGUGCCAAUCAGAGGAUGUUUGUUCCUGAGAGCCGCCCGACGCCAAACGACGAUGUGGGCAUCAAGUAUAACGUAAAGCAGAGGCCCUUUCCAGAGGAGGUGGAUAAGAUCCCUCUGGUCAAAGCCGAUGUCAGCAUUCCAGACCUGGAUGACAUUGUCAGUAAGGAGGUGGGUUGUUUGGGCUAUGAGGAUGAUUCAGCAGUCACAAGUUCACUGAUGUGUAAAUACCUGGAAAUUCAGCACAGCAAGCUUCACAGUCUGAUGGCCAAGCAGAUAGACUAUGAGAACACUUUGGAGCAGCGCAGCGAGGAACUCUUAAAGUCCAAGUCCUUCCCAGACCCUCAGACGGAGUGCAAACCUCCUCCGCCCUCGCAGGAGUUCCAGACAGCACGCCUCUUCCUCUCUCACUUCGGUUUUCUGUCUCUGGAAGCGCUAAAGGAACCCAACAACAGCCGUCUACCUCCUCAUCUGAUCGGCCUGGACUCAUCCUUGCCGGGGUUUUUUGAUGACGUCAGCUAUCUGGAUCUGCUGCCCUGCCGACCGUUUGACACCGUCUUUAUUUUCUAUGUGAGGGCGGGACAGAAAAGCAGUUCUGAGAUUUUGAGGAACGUGGAGUCGUCAGCUACUGUCCAGCCCCACUUCCUGGAGUUCUUGUUGUCUCUGGGCUGGCCUGUGGAUGUGGGCGACCAUCCGGGGUGGACGGGCCAUCUGGACACCAGCUGGUCCUUGAACUCCUGCUUUGACAGCACUGAUCUGCAGACAGAGGAAGCAGCGAGCCCCGAGGACACGGGAGGUUCUGUGUUCAACGGAGAGAAGAAAGUUUUGUACUAUGCUGAUGCUCUGACAGAGAUCGCCUUUGUUGUUCCCUCUUUAACAGAAAAUUCAGAAGAGUCAUCUGUGCACAGCGACUCCACAGUGGAGGCAGACACUAACACAGACCUCAUACCUGGAAAGCAAUCUAAUCUCACACUGGAACUGUUCCCCAACCACUCUGAGAGCCUUGAGUCUGCUAAAAAGCUGAGUCCUUUGGUGAAGACAAAGAGGUCAUCGACCGGAAAGUCUUACCCCCAGCUGGGCCCUGAGACCAAAGUGUUUGUGGUCUGGGUGGAGCGCUUUGAUGAUAUUGAGAACUUCCCGUUAUCUGAUCUGUUGGCGGAAACCAGCACAGGCCUGGAGGCCAGCAUGAGCAACAGCACUUCCUGCAGGUCAGGGCUGUUGGAAAAGGACGUUCCUCUGAUCUUCAUUCACCCGUUGAAGACGGGACUCUUCCGGAUCCGGCUGCACGGAGCUGUGGGCAAAUUUGGCAUGGUGAUCCCCCUGGUGGACGGCAUGGUGGUCAGCCGCCGGGCUCUAGGGUUUCUCGUGCGUCAGACGGUGAUCAACGUGUGCCGACGGAAGCGCCUGGAGAGCGACUUGUACAACCCUCCGCAUGUGAGGCGAAAACAGAAAAUCACUGAAAUUGUGCAGCGCUACCGCAACAAACAACUGGAACCUGAGUUCUACACCUCCCUCUUCCACGAGGUCGGAGAUGGAAAGCCUCACCUCUAACCCCACUCCCUCCAUCCUGUCCUAACACUGGCUCACACACACUCUUACCCUGAACCUCUACACAACAUACAGCUGCGUUCACACAUACAUUCACAAACACGCACACACAAAAUCUUUAUAUUUAUACUGUACUAUUUUGUUAUUUAUAUGAAUACAUAUAUCAACACUGUUUGCCUUUGACUCUGAGAUCAAAGUGUCAGAAACCAUGCCAAGGUGAGGGAGAAACACCAACAUUUCUGUAUUCCAGCCACUCACCCUGGCUCUGAAUGAUGGUGAGUCUAAUAGUCACUGUCUCUGUUCGUGUUUAGGUUCAGGCUUUGCAGCAAAGAAAAGGUUUGCUUGGUCUUUAAUGCAAUACGUCACUAACAAUGUUGGCCUUUCUGAACUUGUACAAAACAUUCUUUACACCUUUGUGAUUAUUACAUGAUUUUAUGGGGUUUAGUAACAUGAAAUUGUGCCCAAAUCUGUUUUUCAUCAUCAAUCAAAACAUUUUUCUGUUUGGACUUUUGCCAAGGAUAAAAACGUUUAAUCGACAUGACUGUGUUUUUGCAAGACAAAGAAGCUAAGGUUGACCCAUAAUCUUAUCUCACCACUAACUAUCCACAUCUUAUUUUUUGCUAGCGUCAGCUACAGUCUUCCUCAUGCAAACCUCACGUUUGGCCUUUGGUCUGUCCAUUGGUUUCCUCCCAUUUUCUUGUGUUGUUUUACUGAAUGCAAAUGUCAAUUUUGAUGCCCCCUGUGCUUCAAGCAUGGCUCUCCUGUCACAGCCAGUAAUGUGUGUGCGCGGCCAUUUCUUUUUGCUCGUUCAGCCAGUCAGUCGACACUACAUGAGGUCAGGGACCUUUUAAGAGUUCUGAACGUGGCAUUAAAAAUUGAAAGUUGUCACUUUAAAUGAAUGAAAUCUCAAUACUACACUUUUUUUUUUAAAAUUAUCAUUUCUUUUUUUUCUUUUUUUUUUCCUUCAGAAUCUGUCAACAAAACGCCGUUAGUUUCUCAGUAGUGCUGAAGUUUACUGAUAGAGCUCAUGGGUUUGGCCUUGAUGUUUUCAGAGCUAAGCUUAGGCCAACCUCAGAUCUGGUUUAGGUGUGAAGUCGCUGCAGAUACCAAACUGAAACAUUGCACAGUGUGUCUCUUCUAAACAACAUCCGUAUGAUGGUUUCUCCAGCCAAAGCGCUCGCCAUAGCUCACAGUUUGAUGAUGAACAGUGCACACAUCUUGAGUCAGCCUAUGUGUGUAAAAAGGCUUAAGAUUUCUGCACCAUGCUGUAUAAACUUGGUCAGAUUUGUUGAUUUAAGCUGUAUUUCUUUGAAAACACUUUUUAAAAAAUCUAAUUUCUGUUAAGUUUGAAGUUUUGGCCUACACAAACGUACGUCGAACUUUAAUUUUUGCUUUAUGUUUCACUCGUAUUUUCUCACUGUAUCUUGGUUUUGAUUAAUGCCCUCUGACUGUCUGCCUGUAAUAAUGUGACUUUUAUUUAUCACAAAGAUGGAACAGGGCAAAACACCUCUUAGUUUCUUUUUGAUAUAUAUUGGAAAGUCUUAAUGCACUGAGCACAUUUUAACUAUUUUUUUUGUUACCUUACAUGUCUUUUUGUACUUUUUUGCAUUUUGAAAGAAAAUCCCUGCUGAAGGAAGAGUUUUAUCUUGUGAAAUAUGAAUGAAGAGGCUUUGUGGAGUUUUUAACCUAUCAUGUCUAAUUGUGACACUUUUUAUGACAGUGCUGUAUGCACACGCCUUUUCUGGAAGGAAAGUUCAUUAAAUAUGCUUCGAAGAAACUGCAUACAGUCAGUCACAUGUUCCUGUUACUCCUCUGUUGUUGGACUGUAUUUAAGAACUUGCUCUGUAUAGAAGUGGAAGAUUUGUAAAUAUAUGAUAGCCUAAGGCAUUCACAAGUUGUCUGUAGUGUUCCUCAGCGGAGACGAUGGAGGGGAAAAAAUGUAUUUACGUCUGCAGUUAUGUGUGGGAGGAACGCAAUGGGUUUGAAUGUAACAUGCAUCAAUUAAAACUAUUAUUGACCUUUUAA